AUUACUCCCUUUGUCCCAAAUAUAAGAUCUAUACCUUUUUUUACACGAUCUUCAAUACACAAACUUUAACAAUUAAUUUAUUCCAUGUUUUACUCUCAACGAAUACGAAAUUAGCAUCACAUAGUUUAUUCCUAUAUUUUGCGACGGAGGGAGCAUAUAUCAACCGUCGACCCACCAUCGGACGGCCCACGUUGCAUCUCAUCAGAUCUGAUUUCUCUCUCUCUCUCAAGCUCGUCUACUCCUUCCACUAAUCACCAAUCAUCAGCAAAUCAGCAGCUUCCAUCUCCUCCCCAAAGCCAUCGUCUUCGUCUCCACCCUCCCCGGGCCAUCCCCCUCCCUCCCGCCAUCGCCGCGCGCUCGAAGCUCGCCUCGCCUCGCUACAGGCGCGGUACAGGCGCGCCCAGCUUCCGGCGAGGCGCCGGGGCGGCUCGGAUAAUCCCCUCAGUUGAACCAGCAAGUGACAGACCUAAUGGACAUGGAAGGUGUGAAGUUCCUGUUUUUGUUGGCCUGCAACUGCUGGGGCUUUGAGCAAUUGGAGUGAUAAUGUUGGGUCCUCAAAUUAUUUGGAAAGGGCUAUAGUACUUGAUGAAAUGAUGAAGUCAACGGUAUUUUCUGCGGUUGCUGUUUCUAUUGGUUAUACAUUACUUGGAUGGGAUUUUACAACCGUUUUGGAGGCUAAUAUCCACAUGAAGAAGGAAUUUGGUUUGAACAACGGACCUUCUAUUGAUGGAAUAAUUUUAGCAGUUUCAGUUUUCGGGUCUAUCGCAAUCACAGUAUUCUCUGGAUCGCUAUUAGAUUGGCUUGGCAGACGUGCUGCACUGAUUUACUCUUCUCUGCUAUUGAUUUCCGGUGGCCUUCUAAUGGUGUGGUCUCCUAACAUAUACAUUUUACUUCUAGCUAGGCUUAUUGUUGGAUCAGGAAGUGGUCUGGUUUUCACCUGUGUUCCGAUUUAUAUAUCUGAAACAUCUCCUCCAAAUAUGAGGGGAUCACUGGGAACUAUGCCACAGUUCAUGUUCUUUGUAGGAAUAGUAUUCUCCUAUUGCCUGAUAUUCUGGAUGACACUGAUACCUUCACCUAACUGGAGAAUUAUGAUCGGCGCAAUCUUUGCUCCUUCCUUGGUCUACUUUGCUUUAUUGGUGUUCUACUUGCCAGAGUCACCUAGAUGGCUUGUAAGUGAUGGAAAAAUUAGUGAGGCCCGAAUUUCCUUACAGUGGCUUAGAGGGAAAGAUGAUGUAUCAGGAGAAAUAGCUCUUAUUGCGGAUGGUAUGAACAUGAUAACGGAAACAGCUGUUGGAGGACAUGCUGUUGGUGCUGUUCGAAGUCAAAGUUUUCUUGGAACUAGCACAAACCAGAUGUCGCGCCACAGUACUUUCUAUUGGCACCUGUCAGAUCCAUUAGUUGAUCUUCUUGGAAGCAUCCAUGAGAGUAUGUCGGAAUUAGGAGCUGGGCGAAACAGCUACUUCCCUGUCUUCAACAGUUUUAAUAUUGUGGAACAAGAACAGACGAGUGAGCAGAGGGGGAAUGAUAGUCUUCAACAAUCUAGGGAGGCAUAUUCUGCUGAAGAAGGCAAUAAUGGAGAUAAUUUGCAAGCUUCUCUACUUUCCCAAGUAGCAAGUGCUGAAACAAACGAUAUAAAUACAUCAUUCACCUCUGAAGGGAGCUCGUCAUAUUUGAGAAGACAUGGUACAUCAACAUCAGGGCUUGCGCAAGAUUUAAUAUCUUCUUUGCAUGAUCAUGACAUUGAAGAAGAUGACGAAGAAAUUCAUAUAGCAGCAUUAUCUAGCCAGCCUGCACUUGGUGCAGGACUGCAUCCAUUUCGACAACAAAUGGUUCGGUUGUCUGAAACAGCUGACAUAAAGCCUAAAUGGAGGGUACUUCUUCAGCCAGGAGUCAGGCAUGCCUUGUGUUAUGGAAUGCUGAUUCAAGCUCUUCAACAGUCCGCAGGAAUCAGUGGCCUUCUCCGAUACACUCCUCAAAUUCUUGAACAGGUCGGAGUAAUUAGUUUGUUUUCAGACAUUGGACUUGAUUCCCAUUCAGCAUCGAUCCUCAUAAGUGCCCUUAAUGCUUCGCUGAUGCUCCCCUGUAUAACUGCUGCAAUGAUACUGAUGGAUGUCUGUGGAAGAAGGGUUCUUCUCCUGGUCAGUAUCCCCUUCCUAACAUUAUCAGUUGGUGCCAUAUCUUUGUCCAACAUCGUGAAGAUGGGAUCUUUGCCACAUGAAAUCCUCUUCCAGCUCUCAUUAACCAUUUGCUUCUGCUCAUAUGUCAUCGGUCUGGGGCCAAUACCCAAUAUUCUCUGCUCCGAGAUGUUCCCAACAAGGGCCCGUGCAACAUGUGCAAGUUUUUGCUCACUUGCCUUCUGGUUUGGCAGACUACUUUCAAUUUACUGCUUCCCGGUGAUGCUAAGUACCAUUGGGCUCAGUGGGGCAUGUGCGAUUUAUGCAUUCGUGUGCUGCUUGGUUCUCGUGUUCGUCUACUUAAGAGUUCCAGAGACGAAGGGUCUUCCCUUGGAGCUCAUAGCUGAGAUUUUCAAGUUUUCAAGACAAGAAUGUCUAUAGCAGAUAUGUGCACUAUGUUCAGUAUUCAAGGUGACCCAGGCUGAGUGUUGAAUGAUUGCUUGCUAGUCCGUGUACAUAGACAAAUGUAGGUUUGAAUGUUGCAAAUUUUGUCCUAGUUAGGAGAUUGGCCAUAGUGUUUGUACUUUGUAGUUGUUCAUUGUCUUUCUGUGCUUUGGAGAUACAUAAAAAAGGAAAAUCAUACAUGGCUUCUUUUGCAGUACAAAAAAAGUAAUGAUGCUGUAUACAGACAAAGAUUACCUGUAGUUAAGUAGGAGUAAUACUCUUCAAUGUAACAUGGUGAUUCAGCACUCCUGGUGAAGUUGUGACAUUUCUGAUGCUAUUUCCAGGCUCAAGCAGUGUGACACAUCUCA